UGCUGUCAGGUUGCCGUGGUUUCAGCCUCCUGCUUCUCCUGGUGACCGUCGUCGGGGAUGUGUGUGUGCGCGGCUGAAGGGUGGAUGAGUGAGAGAUUGUGUGAGUGUGUGAGCCGUGGUUCUUCCAGCAGUGAGGAUUCAUGACAUGAGGACGGAGGGAAAGAGGAAAGGAAGACAGGACGGCAGGAAGGAAGCAAGGAAGGAGGCACUGGAGGGUGGAUGUGGAUUAACAUCGCCAGAAACGAAUAUCUCAGAGAUGUCGUUUCCUCUGAGCUGCAGAGAUCUGUGAGGACGACCAGACGAUUCAUCGCUUCAUCUCUGCAGAGGAAGGACUGAAAUAGGGAGGCAAGGAAACACUGAAGGAGACACUGAAGAAAACACUGAAGGAGACACUGAAGGAAACACUGAAGGAGACACUGAAGGAGACAUGGAGGGAGUUUGAGUCCUCACUGAUCCUCAGGUCUUUGGGGAGUCAUGAUGUCACAGGAGGAGGCGUCUUCCUUCAGGAGGUUUUUCCAGUAUGUGGAGGACAGCGGCCUUCGAACAUACGAUGGUUUGGUGAUCCAGAAUGCUUCUGACAUCGCCAGAGAGAGCGACCGCAUUCGCAACCAGACCAACUGGACCUACCUGCAGGAAAAACACCAGAAGAAGAGACGGCAGGAGGAAGCCAUCAAAAGGAUUGGUGAAGACGUUGCCAUGGCAACAGAUGGGGCAUACUCUGGGAAACAUUUCAGGAUGGGUUUCAUGACGAUGCCGGCACCACAGGACCGCCUGCCCCCUCCUAACCAGGGCUUCACUGUCCGGUCCCAGUCCCUGCACUCUGUGGGUGGAGGAGACGAUGACUCCAACCACAACCGCAAACAACCCCCACCCAAACCCAAACGAGACCCCAACACCAAACUCAGCAGCAGCUCUGAGACGGUGGACGGAAGCUCUGGACUCACCAAGAGAGACCACCAAGAGACCAAAGAGACACCUGAGCAGGCAGAAGCUCAAUGCCAUUUCCACACCGAGGACUCCAAGAAGAGGCCGCCACCAAAACCCAAGAGGAACCCCAACACUCAGCUUAGCACCUCCUUUGACGAGUCUUACAUCCGCAACCACAGCAACAAGAAGUCUUCCUUGCGAUGGGACAAAACUUCAUCCCAAAGUCAGAGUCCAGCAUCUAGAGACACGGAUGAUGAGGAGCCAGUUUACAUCGAAAUGGUGGGAAACAUUAUGCGAGAGCUGAAAGGUCAGAAGGCUGGUGAGGACGAGCAGAGUGAAUCAGUGUAUGAGGAGAUGAAGUAUCCAAUACUGGAGGACUUCCUACAGGACGCUCAGUCUGCCAUCAUGUAUCCUGACGCAUGGUCCUCCCGUGGCUCCCUCUGCGACAUCCCUCCACCUUUCCCCAACCUCCUGACUCACCGUCCACCACUGCUCGUCUUCCCUGCCGCCCCCGCUCAGUGCUCCCCCAACUCAGACGAGUCCCCCCUCACCCCCUUAGACGUAACCCGCCUCCCCAUGUUAGAAAAUGUGUCCUACAGCAAGUCAGGUGGUGUCGAACACCCACAGACCUCCACUCAUCACCGCAAAGAACGGGAUCGAGAUCAAGACCGGGACCGGAACCGUGAUCGAGAUCGAGACCGGGAUCGGGAUCCACCCUCCGCCCACACCAUCACAUCUUCUGGUCGCUCAUCAGCACCACCUCUUCCUUCCAACAUCUACAAGUCAUCUAGCUCCACCCACAGCGGCCAUGGUUACCCCCGCAGCCAAUCAGCUUGUCCGUCUCCAGUCAGCAUGGGUCGCUCCCUGACUCCUCUGAGCCUGAAGAGACCACCGCCCUACGAUACUCUGGUAGCAGGAGGAAGCAUGCCUCGCUCUUCAUCGUCAUCCUCAUCAUCCUCACAUAGGGCUGGUGAGGGUGGAGCUAAGCUCAGUAACUCCUCCUCUACCCACGGCUCCAUGCAGAACAUGUCGAUGAGGUCACAGACUCCAACGAGCCCAUUGGAAGAACUCAACAACCUGUUUACAUCAGGCAGACAGGUGAUGAAGAGAGUGUCAGGAGGAAGGAAGAGCAAGGAGGGUGAAGGAGACUGCAAGUCUCUGCCCCGACACAGCAGCAAAGACAGAGAUGGACAGUCCAGUCCGGUGUCCAGCAGGAUGGGAAGGUCGUCCGUCAGUCCCACCAUGAUGCUGUCAGGAGGAGAAUCAAAGUCUGCGUGUAAACUUGGCCGUUCCGCGUCGACAUCAGGAGUUCCUUCACCAGGUGGGACUCCACAACGUCACCUGCACGAGCCGCAUUAUCCGGUCCUCAGCCAGAUGCCGUGGCUCUGUGGAGAUGCCACCAUGAUGGAGAUGAUCGAAAAGAAAAGAGUUUUAUGUCGAGAGAUCAAAGCUCGCCAGCGACCGGAGAAGAAUCUGUGCAAACAGGACAGCAUGCCCAUCCUGCCCAGCUGGAAGAGGAGGCAGCCGCCGCCAUAUUCAGCACCGCCCACCGCCACCGGACACACCGCCACGGUCUUCUGGGACACCGCCAUCUGAAGACGACAAUAAGAGACACUACACACGCUGCAGGGCAAUGAGACAGCCAAUCAGAUGCUUUACUGCUAACCAAUUACAGCAGAAAAUUCACUUUAAAGAGCAAAUUUAUGGUUCAGACCAGAGAUUUUACUGCAUUAAGCUCAUCUGAAACGUUCUGACAGUCCGCUUUUAACAAACAUUUGGAUGAAAGCUAUCAGAGAAAAACAGGGACGAGCUGAAACAAACAAACAUUACGUCAAAGAUACAUAAAACAUUAAACAAAUUUUACAAACUAAUGUCUUAGUGACUCAUCAAGUCCGACUGAUUAAUAAUCAGUUUGUUUGUAACUUUAUUAAAAUAUUGAAAACUGCUUUUCUGAAACCUCCACCAACAUGUCCGUCCUCUGAUGGAGACAACCUUUCAGUAGGACAACACAAAAGUCUUCAUCGUUCCUCACUAAGGUACCAACACAACCCACUCACAAGUGUUGUCCUGCUGUCCAAUCAGAGGGCAGGAAGACGUGGUCGUCCAGGUGUAGCAAAGCUUGCCGUCGUCUUUCUACUCGUUAUUUUUCUAUCUGUAAAAGUUUCCGAUGUUUUUUUAAAGUCUGACAGUCGUGUAGCAGAAAAUGAAUUUAUAAACUUUCAUCUGUGAUAAAAAUCACUCAACAUGUUUUUAUAUUUUAAAAAAGAAUCAGUGAUGCUCAUCUGUGUGUAAAAGAAGAGUGGAACGUGACGAGCUUUUAUAUUUAAAACACUUCUAUCAAGAUGAAAAGAACUAUUUUAAAGGGAGAAUAUUUUGGCAGAUUGCUUGUUGGUUUGGUCACACUGUCCCAAAAAUACAGACUGGACUCCAGUUUGAUCCAGUUUGACUCUGGUUUGAUCCAGUUUGACGCCAGUUUGACUCUAGUUUGAUCCAGUUUGACUCCGGUUUGAUCCAGUUUGACUGGUUUGAUCUAGUUGACUCUAGUUUGAUCCAGUUUGACUCUGGUUUGAUCCAGUUUGAUCCAGUAUGACUGUUUUGAUCCAGUUUGAUCCAGUUUGAUUGAUUUGAUCCAGUUUGAUCCAGUUUGACUGGUUUGACCCACUGUCCAGCCAGCUGCAGUGAUGGUGGUGACAGCUGAGAUCAGGUGUUUGAAUCUGAAUCCUGUUGAUGUGAACGAUGUGAACAGAGUGUUUGAAACGAGCUGAUUGAAGCAGCUGAUCAGUCGUCUCCUCUCAUUGGCCGUCAGGCUCACCUGGAGGUCAUGUGACAGUCUGUAUUUCUGGGUCAGGAAAUGAGUGAUGCAAUCUGCAGACAGUAGUACCUUGAUGAAUGCUGUGUAUUGAUUGUUGAUUGUCAUUAUGUCAAAUAAAAGGUAACUGAGACUGAAGCAAAGCAUUCUGGGAUUUCUGAUGAAUAUGAAUCAGCUUGAAGCCACAGAGAGAUUUUAUGUUUCAAUAUGCACACACACUUUGAUGGAGUUUAGCACACUCUGUGAUCAAUACAGUCUGAUCAUGUGAUCAAUAUAUAGUCUGAUCAUGUGAUCAAUAUGUAGUCUGAUCAUGUGAUCAAUAUGUAGACUGAUCAUGUGAUCAAUAUGUAGACUGAUCAUGUGAUCAAUACUGACUGUGUUCACUUUUUAUUCUGUAUAAAAGGAUUCUCGUCAUGAAACCAAGUGCACUUCUUCAGUUUGUAAAGCUUCACAUAAACAGCUAAUUAUAAUUCACGUUAUUCAAAGUAUUAUUCUAUAUUAUAUCUUAUUAUUCUGAUUGUUCAGAUCAAUCAAAUGUUGUUUAAAUCAUCAGAAAUGUCUUCACUGCCGUCCAGCAUUAGAUAACCUGUGUCCUUGGAACAGAAUUCUGUUCUCCACAGACUGCUUCAUCAGAAAGUUGCACCUCAAAGUCUGACUGUUUGCUCAGAUAUCUGUCUGUUGUGUGAAAUCAUCUGCAGCUCAAACACCACCAUCAUAUACGGUCUGCCAGAAAAAGACGACACGAAGGAUGUCAAAAGUCAGAAUGACCGAUAGUCCUCCAUCCACUCCCAGACAGAGUCCAUACGUCCAGACGUUGGGUUAGAAACAAGUGUUGGUCUUUACAGAAAGCAUGAUGUCUGGAUGCAGGAUCGUGGUACUUCUGACAUUUGACCUCCAGCCUGUUGGAAUGCAGCUGUUAGCCUCAGGCUCUGAACUGACCUUCAGUUAGCUUCAACUUUACCUGAGAAAUCAGCAGCAUCUCCAAUGACCAGCCAAUCACAGAGAGGGGAGGGACAGACACAAAAUGACUAAAGUUAUUAUUAAUAUUACUUUUAUUAUUGUGGUCUAUAGAAAAAUAAUAGUUGCAGGUGAUUAAAAAAGCCUUAACCAGUCAUAUGACGUCUAAUGGUCACAUGACGUCUAAUGGUCCCAUGACAUCUAAUGAUCUUGUGACAUCUAAUGGUCAUGUGAUGUAUAACGGUCAUGUGAUGUCAACGGUCAUGUGAUAUGUAACGGUCAUGUGAUGUCUAACAGUCAUGUGAUGUUUCGCUGCAACAGGAAAUCAAAGUGGUUCCUUAUGAAUGAAGUGUGGUUUGAUGCAGAUGUUGUUGAAGAGUAUCAGUCAUGUGACAAUCAGGUCAUUGUUUAUUCUGUCCAUAUGAUGGCUCUGUGUCAAAAACCCCCACAUCACUGUGUUCUGUUACGUUUACCUGUGCACAGGUGUGGUGUUCCUUCAGUAUGUUGAUGUGUUUGCACUGAGAAUCAGGUGAAUGAGUUCAGCUUGUUUAUUUCUACUGACUGAGGAGAAGAGAAUCAGUCUGAUUAUUGUGACUGUGUUUCAUCUUUAUGGGCCAUGAUGAUGGAAAUAAAUCAGAUUUUUAAUAAA